AUGCAUCGCGCUGACUGUGGUUGUGCCUUUCUUGCGCUACGAACGCUUGUGCGCGUCGAAGAAGUUACCACAUCAUCGCAGGUGCCGCUCGAAACCGCAAUCCAAGUCACGUCUUCAGUGGAACAGCCCUGCCUCACCGUAUUGAGCUGCGAACGGUGCCGCCAGCAACGACUCCCGCUUACCGCUGUCACGAUUCUAUGUGCCCAUCUGGUUGACUGGCUGUGCCGAUUAUGGAACCUAAAGGACGAGGACCCUGCCGACACCUCCACAGAUGCCAGCAACGCCAACACGACUACAACUGCAACCAGCACCAGCGAAAGCCGACAUGCGACUCUGCCCUGGAAGUUCUCUCUUGGAAACUAUGAUCUCGCGGAAGACGAAGCCGAUGCGCUCAGCAACGAAUUAAUGACAUUGCGGCUCACUGGUUUCUCAGCUGUGUUAGGCUCUCUCGAGGCCGCCCUCGUCACAUCUGGGCCAACUCCCUGUGUUCCUUCUUCGCCUGAGGGCAAUAACGACACGACCAGCGACACAUCGGCGUUUGCGCCAGCUUGUCUCGAACUUGUCCGAGCGAAUCUCCGUCUAGUGCGCGCAUGCAUUCGUCGCCUCAAGGCGCGCUCGUUACUGAAUAGCGAUGGGACCAGUGCUUCGUUUUAG